AUGGAUUUGACACUUGAUCCAGGAAGAAAUAACGGCAGUUGGUUUAACAUUGCCGAUUCAAAUGCCAGCGCUGACGUGUUCGGUAAUUUGACAAUUCCUCCUCAUCAAUAUUAUGCCACAGAACUCUGGAAGUAUUUCCCGCCAAUCCUCAUACUGCUCGGCACUUUCGGAAACAUUCUGACAAUCUUGAUUCUUUGCCGGAAAUCAAUGUGGAAGAUGUCCUCCUCUCCGUACCUUGUGGUCCUCGGUGUGGCCGACAUUGUCGUCCUCUACACAGGCCUCCUCCGACAAUGGCUCAGGUACGUGGUCGACACUGACAUUCGAGAAUUGUCGCCUGUCGUCUGUAGACUGCACAUCUUCUCCGUUUACGUUUCCAUCGACUAUUCAGUGUGGAUCUUAGUAGCUGUCUCUGUGGAGAGAUUUAUUGGAGUUUGCUUUCCUUUCAAGGCGAAAACUUUCUGCACAAGGCGCAGAACACAGAUCACUCUUUUUGUCAUCUUCUGCCUUCUCGCCAUCUUAAACUCCCAUUUCUUUUUUGGAUUUGGAUCCAGCUUCGAUAACUCCACUGGCGUUCCUGUUCUAAUCUCCCAUUGCACGGUGUUGACGAACGAAUAUGCUUUAUUUACUGAGAACAUCUGGCCUUGGGUCGAUCUUGCCGUCUUUUCUAUGAUUCCGUUCUGCCUCAUCAUCGUCUGUAACAUCUCCCUCAUCUUUCGGGUCGUCUAUUCCCGCAGGAGGCACCGGGUGGCACCCACCGAUGCCCACACGACCAGUGGAGUAAGUACCUCAUCCAUGACCGCUCUGCUUAUCUCACUCAAUACCUUGUUCCUCUUCACAACGGCACCUAUCAGUAUAUACUUGAUCGGUUACCCGCGCUGGUCGCGCACCGCCGACUAUAACGAGUUCGCUCUUUUGAACCUUUGCUGGGCCAUUGUCAAUUUUCUCAUGUACCUCAACAAUUCAUUAAACUUUAUAUUAUACUGUCUGAGUGGACCUCGUUUUCGGCGGGAGAUAAAAUUGAUCUGCGCGCGUCGUCAUAAAGUGGGGGUCCUUAAGUUGACGAUGCCAAAGAGACACGUUCACUCAAAGGGAAUGAUUCUGAAACUUUGUUCUGGGUUACGAUGA